AUGAAGGCUUCACUUAUACCGUUCUUCGUUAUCCUUUCGACCCUCUUCUCAUUGGGUCUUGCGACCACAUGUACAGGUUCCACUCUGGUCUCUGAAAAUGUCUUUUUCGGAUAUUGGAAAGGUACAAAAACCGCCGCUAACCAAAAAGCCGCUAUUACUGCAAUUAAUUAUUUCAAGACACAAUUGAAGAAUAAUCCAAGCCGCGAAUCAUUCAGUUAUUCAAGUGGUAAUAUUGUCGGAUAUAUGUGGGUUGGUAGUAUGAUUCAAAAUAGUGGAUUUGCAACCAGUGAUGCUAUGACGGUGAUAUACGAUGAAGUGAAUAAUAAUGGUAUCCCCAAUUCACUUUAUAUUGAAUAUGUUGUCGCUGGUGAUCCGACUAAUGGGUUUGGUAUUGUUUUGGAUACUGGUGGAACCGCAAAUUAUGGGAAUAUGCAAAGAGCAGUUAGAUUAUGGUCUGAAGGUAAACCAUUCAAUACAUAUCAAGGUAGUAAGAUUUAUAAGGGUAAAUCAUUAUGUUAUCUCGCAUGGGGAAACAGAAAAACCAUCACU